AUGCCAGAAGGCCUUCAGCAUAUGCGUUAUCAGAAUAGACCAACUACGAAAAAGGAAAUAAAAUGCUUCGAAAUGCCCCCCUGUGCAGUUCAUACUCAAGAUAUCUAUCCAUCUGGAUGGGUUAAAUGCACGCAUCCAGAAGGAGUUCGAUACUUCCACCACAAUGAGAAGCAUGUAUAUACAGAUUCUAACAUCUGUGAUGAGCACAUUUAUCACGACUUGAUGGAAGAUAUAGAUACGAUCUUGCGCCACAGAGUAAAAUGGGUAGUAGAUCUGCCCUACGUGGACUUAGUCAUAAACACCAGGUAUUGUGAUGAGGAUCCUACGCGUACCUUCAGCGCCUACUACUUCAUCAGUCAUUCCUAUUUUUCCGUUUUUUUCAUGGACCAUUACAAAAUGGAUUCCUUGUCUGUAAAUAACCAAGUAUAUGGACCCACCUCGUGGGAUCACCUCGGCUACGAAAUCGAGGCUCAGUACUGGUAUCACGUCCAACUUUACCCUCACUCACGCUUUCUCACGCGUGAGACGAUCGCUCAACUUAGGGAUGUCGUCCUCCAUUUCAUCGGAGACACGAUGACAUCGCCGACUUCGACUGCGCCUUAUUCAAUGCAAGACCUAAGGGAUAUAUUGGCCUUAACAAGGGACAUGGAAAGAAACCUUGACCUCCCGGCCUGGGUUGGCACUCAAAGCCUGUUAGCUCGCCAAAUGUUCAUAUUUUGCCGGGCGAAGUACCUUCACUUCCAUGGAGAGCCACACGCUCGCGUUGAACGUGAUGUCUCUGUGUAUGGAGAUAUCUACAAGCGCACAUGGCUUGUAAAAUAUCUUUCUCCGAUUCUGUUUUUUGCCCCAGAUUUUCACUUGAAGAAUUUGCAAAGUAUGUGGGUGGAUAGAAUCAUGCACAAAUCCGUUUUUAGGGAUGCAAUGAAGAAAAUGAAUGAAGAAUGGGACCGUUAUGUCCUUUUCGCAACUGUAAUGUUGAGCGCUAACGUUGGGUUUUUGGCUAUACAAAGUGUCGACAAUGACACCAGUCCACAACGGUCGGCCGCUCAAAUCGCCAGCUAUGUGUCUAUGCUUGCCAGCAUUGGAAGUAUCGUCCUUGGCUUGCAUUUAAGUCGACAAAAUAAAACCAAAGACCGGGAAAACGUUGAUAACAUCACCGAGGUUGUGAGUACUACAGUGAUUACUUGGUCAAAGUUCUCAGGGCAGCUAACAUCCGUGGCAGCAACAGUAUAUGGAGCGUCAUUCUCAGUCAACAUUUGGAGGCCUAGAGGUUCUCGCUACAUUAUAUAG